AUGUCUCAGAUGCCGUCGAUGAGCAACUACAAGGCGGACGCGAAGGAGGCGGAUCGCAAUCGCAAGCGGCUCAUGGCGCUCAUCAAGCGGCCGGGCAACAACCGCUGUGCAGACUGCCCCGCGCGAUUGGCGCAGAACGCGUGGGCGUCGGUUAAUCUCGGCAGCUUCAUCUGCUUCCAGUGCUCGGGCAUCCACCGCAACCUCGGCGUGCACAUCUCAAAGGUUCGCUCGCUCAACCUCGACUCGUGGAACGACGACUGGGUGGCGCAGAUGGAGAGGUGGGGCAACACCAAGGCCACCGCCUACUGGGAGGCCAACAUCGGGCCCAACGACCGCAAGCCGACGCUCGAGGCUCCCCAGCCGCGCAGUAGGAGUAGCAGGACAGGCAACCGGAGUUGCAAGGCCGAAUGCUGUGCCGAGCAGUUGCUAGCACGCGGCGCCGCGGCUCUCGUCCGACCCGGGAGACUCCCCCACGAAGGGGAGGGCGAGCCAGGGGGGGCAGGAUCGGGAUGCACUUGGCGGCGACCGCCUCGAAGAGCGAUUCGCCGAGGUCAGCCGGGAUUUCCGCUCGGAGCGCAGCCCACACGCCGCUGCCCCGCCCGCAGGACUCGAACGCGCAGAACCACGUGCACAAGGCUUCUCCUCCGCGACAAGCACGAGACGACUGGCCCACGCGUCAUGGUGCGUGACGCGCCCAGGACGUGUCCCGCACAGGCGUUCAUCCGCGACAAGUAUGAGAACAAGCGCUGGGCGGCCGGACCUCCUCGGCGACUUCGACGCGGUCGCGCCCGCGCCGGCCGCCAACAACGGCUUUGGGGCCUUCGAGGCGACGCCGCAGCCGCAGGCGGCGGCAGCGGCGGCGCAGCAAACCAGCUUUGGCGACUUCGGCGACUUUGGCAACGGCGGAGGGCAGCCGGCGGCCCCGCAGCCCGACAAGAAGGACCGCGCCGAGGCCACGACAACAUCAUGGCGAUGUUCGGCGGCGGCGGCGGCGGCGCGAUGGGCGCCAUGCAGAUGGGCAUGCAGGGCAUGUCCAUGGGCGGAGGGAUGCCGAUGGGCGGAGGAAUGGGGAUGGGAGGCAUGCCGCAGAUGGGGAUGGGCGGCGGCAUGGGGAUGGGCGGCAUGCCCGGAGGCGGUAUGGGCCCGAUGGGAGGAAUGGGCCCGAUGGGAGGCGCGCCGAUGGGCGGUGGCAUGGGAAUGGGAGGCAUGCCGGGAGGCGGCAUGGGCAUGAUGCAAGGCGGAAUGCGACCGAUGGGGGGGGGGGGAUUCCCAUGGGGGGGGGUUUUCCCCCCUCAACGGGGGGUUUUCAAAAAAAGCAGGGGCGGCUACGGCGGGAACCCGCAGAUGCAAGGCAUGCCGCAGAUGCAAGGCAUGGGCGGGAUGCCCCAGCAGAUGGGCGGCAUGCCCCAGCAGGGGACGUACGGCCAGAUGGGAGGCAUGCCGGGAGGCGGCAUGGGAGGCGGCAUGGGAGGCGGCAUGGGGGGAGGCAUGCCGCAGCAAGGCAUGGGCGGCUACCCGCGCCCGCAGUGGUGA